UAUAUCUAUAAAACAUAUUGUUAUCCAAGAGAACACGAGCAGUUGAAGGAGCUUAGGGAAGCCACUGUCAAGAAAUAUAAACUAAAACAAAAAAGAGGAUAUUCAUCCACUCGAGCAGAUGAAUGUACACAUACAACGGCCUCGACUUACACAUGACGAGACAAUCACCUCGCAACAUUAAAAAAAAUGAAGGAAUAUGACGAGGUGAACGAUUUACCAACACUUAGUAUUUUUUCCCUAUUUUAGAUGGAUAAGGAGGAUAACUUAUAUUAAGCGAGAUACAACUUUCCAAGUCAGCAAUAACCGUCUAAGGGAUAAAAACAAAGAGCGUUUGGGUAGUUAUUAGAUAUUAUCCCACAUAUGAUUAAAUGAAAUGUGGGAAUUGUCCACGUUUCAUGAACAAUUACAUUUGAAUUGAUCCCCAAAGAAUAACUGCUAACCUAUACUCCUAUAAAUAGGGGCAGAUUCUACAGAAAAAGGGACAGCAAAUUUGAGAGAGAAUUUAUUAUUAUUCAAAUAUUGUAAUUUGUACUCAUAAAAAUCCCUAAUAAGAAAGACUCGUGGAGUAUGCAGAUUUUAACUGCAAAAUCACGUAAAAAUAUCUAGAGUUAUUGAUAUUUUAUUAUUUAUUAGUUUCUGUAAAAAAAAAAUAUAUGUUACUAAAAGGCUUUCUAAUUUUAGUUAACGAAAAUCUGCGUUAACAGUUUUGUGUUUUCAUUGAGAGCCUUAAUGAUAAAACUUAGAAAAUCCCUCCUUACAAACAGAAAUCUAUCCAUAUUUCAGUGGCUGAUAACAAUCAAAACGAUGGAAUAGAAAUCGUCCUGAGAAAACUACACACCCCAUACCACUAGGGGUGUUCGCGGUGCGGGUGGUGCGGUUUUUAACCAUUUUUUCAAACCAACCUGCACAUGCGGUUUUUCUAAUUUUUCAAACCACACCCGCACCGCGAUACUAAAAAACUGCAAAAACUGCACCGCAAAAAAUGAUGCGGUGCAGUGCGGUUUCUGCGGUUUAUGCGGUUUGAACUAUCACAAUUUUUUUUUUGAAAUCAUCAUAAAAUAAUUAAACUACCAUUAAUAUAAUUAUUCCAAAACACUUCAGAAAAUACAACAAACUUGAGACUAAUAAAAGUUAUAACAACAACAAUAAGUCAAUAAUCUUUUUAAAAUUUCAACAACACACCUAAAUUAAAAUAAUAAAUUUGAAACUAAUUAAAUUCCAACAACAAUAUAAAUGUGCAACUAACGUAUUUUCAACAUAGAUUAAAAAUAAAACAAACGCAAACUUCCAACUCUAAAUUUUAAUACACAUGUAUGGCCUUGGGUUUGUUGCUAAGAAGAGAGGGUUUGUGAAGAGUUAUGGAUUUUGCCCUAAGAUUUGUAGGCUUGGGUUGGUCAUAUGGGCUUAAUUAAAUAAACAUAAAAAUUGAAAUUUUAAAACAUGCGGUGCGGUGCGAUUUGAAUCGCGGUUUAAUAAUUCAAAAUAGCAAACCGCACCGCACCGCGCGAUUUGGGAAAAAUUCAAACCGCAACCGCACCGCGAGGAAUUUCAAACCGCAUUUUUUUUUGCGGGGCGGGCGGUUUGAGCGGUUUGAUGUACACCCCUACAUACCACUGGAACAUCACGUUCAAGAAGAAACUAUGGUGGUGAUAUUCAAAAUCCAAAAAGAAGGAAUGAAGAUACCCAUAAUUCUAUAGGGUAUGUGCCUAGAAUUGAGGAUGCUUAUGAUCCAACUAGGUAUGUACUAUUAGUGGAACUAGAAAAUAGACAACUCCGACAAUGCUUAGCCGAAUCUAAAUGACGAAACGGUGAGUUGGAAAGAGAGGCUGUAACGAGAAGGGCAACACAAGGAACAAAUCCUCAGAAUCAACCUGAUCCUGGAGUAAGAAGACCACGACGCAGACCUCGAGGUUCAAGAACCAGGAGAUAGGAAGCAAACCAAGGAAAUCACCAAAAUACCCAAGAAGAACAACCUGGGGGAGCAUGUGAUGUUCCAAUGGAUAAUUAGACAAAUAAUCAAGAGCAACAGCAAGACAUUCCUCAAGGAUCCCAAGAAUUUGCAAACCAAGGGAACGAACAAAACGACAUACCUGAAGCUUCUCGCAAGAAUGAGGAUGCGAGACAGCCUUGACCUAGGGAUUAGGGAAUCCCUCGUGGCAAUAAGAGAAACCUUGGGACUCAACCUAGGACAAGUGGGCUACCACUAAGACACCCUCAGCGUCUUCCUCGAUCAGAGAGCAAAGAUGCAUACACGUAUCUAAAUAGAGGGUGUGCAUCAAAUCUCUUUUGAAGGAGAAGGUCGUUACAAGACGAAGCGAGUUCCAAUUCAGGACACUCAAGGUCUCGAGGACACAGUCGAUCGGGAAGGGGAACGCGAGAGGGAAGUAGACAUCGAUGUUAUGCUGACCAAGAAAGCAUGAGCAAUACGUGAAGCUACCAAUCUAAGAGUUACUCAGAGACAAGGUCUGUGAGUAAUUAUGAGCGAAGAUAACCCAAUCUUCGUGAGCAUUUGAAUCGAAGACAACCCGAUCUUUGUGAGCGACGAAAUCAGAAUGCACCUAACCUGCGCCAUCAACUUAAUGCAAAUCAACAACAGGUGGAUCCCAUCUAAUUGCAAAUCAUUGAAAUGGAGGAUAAAUUCAGAAAGUAUCAAGAUGGGGAACAUGGGAAAUUACCCCGGUUAUGACUCAGAUGAGGAAACUGAGCCGUUUCAUCCUAAUAUUUUGAAUUCUGAAUUCCCUCAUGGAUUCAAAAACCCACAUAUCUCGCAGUAUGAUGGAACUACGGACCCAGUCACUCACUUGAAUAACUUUAAUACCAUAAUGCGAGCCAGCAAUGUCUUGAAUAAUUUGUGUUGCAUCUUAUUCCCGACUUCUUUAAUUGGAGCAGCGAGUAGCUGGUUUGACAAAUUCACUCAUCACUCAAUAACAUCUUGGGAACAACUGUCCAAAGACUUUAAGAAACAAUUUCAGGAUGCUAGAGAUAGGCGACCUGAAGCAUCGUCUUUAACUAACAUAAAGCAACAAACAGGCGAGUCGCUUAAAGCUUACUUGAUUCGCUUUAGCACAGCCGCUGCCAAGGUUAGAAACCUGAAUGACAUUUUUUAGCUUACUGCUCUUCAGGCGGGGAUCACAACCAACCUUUCUACGGCUGGAGACGAGUUGUGGGAUGACCUACAAGGUCGCCUAGUUAGAAACAUUAAUGAGUUCAAUGAAAGAGCACAGGUAUUUGUGUGCAAAGAAGAAGCUAGAAACAAGAUGAAGUUACUGAAGACUAGCUCAGGAAGUAAACCCAGCACAAGUACUGCAACGGAAAGUACCGUCUCAACUAAAAUAGAUAACCCAAGUGGUUCAAACACCAAGAGAAAAGAUGACUCAAAGGAAUCACCUAAAAGUAAAAAGAAACAAAAGAAGCACGACAAAUAUGUCUCAAUAUACUCAGUAUAUACCGAGUUGAAUGAAACUCAUAAAAACAUAUUUCUCGCAAAUGAAAACAGGAUUGCAUUUCGCAAGCCUGAGCCAUGAGGCAUGCAAGACAUAAGAAAGAUUCAACGAAAUAUUACCAAUUUCAUAAAAACAUAGGGCACACUGUAGAAAAAUAUCGACAACUAAAAGACGAGAUAGAGAGUUUAAUCUUGCAUGGAUAUUUCAGACAAUAUGUAAGACAUCGAGGCAACGAGCCAAACCAGCCCAACAACCCUAUUAACCCAAAUAACCAGAGAUUGCAACCUCCCCCCAUUGAGGGCGAGGACAUACUGGUCAUUUCAGGAGGGCCGCAUCUCGCUAAAAAUAGUAAUAAUUCCCACAAAAGAUAUAUCAAUAAAGUAAAGAAUGGAAAAUCAGUAUUUGCUCAAGAACCACUGAAAAGAGCAAAGCUAGAUGAACCUCUGAUUGCCUUUUUUGAGGAAGACACAAAACACGUGCAGUAUCCACAUGUCGAUCCUCUCGUUGUUACAGUUCAGCUCGCUUACAAGAGAAUGAAAAGGGUAUUGGUGGAUAACAGAACUUCAGUGAAUAUCCUUUACAAGGAUACAUUAAAGAAAAUAGGAUUACAAGAUGCAAAGGUAACACCUUGCAUGGUAAGCUUAUGUGGGUUCACAGGAAACUGUGUCGCCAGCCAAGGCAUCAUUGAAAUUCCAUUAACUGUAGGAGAACCACCAUUAUCAAUGACGCUAAUGCAUGAAUUCCUAGUUGUUGAUCUUCCAUUAGUUUAUAAUGUAUUGAUAGGUCGCCCUGCAUUGAUUGGACUAGGGGUAGUAAGUUCAAUCAAGCACUUAUCUCUAAAAUUCCCAACACAAGUGGGAGUAGGUGUUGUGCGAGGCGACCAAUUGUUGGCUCGCAAAUGUUAUCACAUAGAACUUCAGAAUAGAAGAGCCAAUCAUCAAUUGAUGGUGGUCAUAAUAGAAGGAGUCGAGAAGGAAGAUGAGGAUCUAGAUCCCAGAGUCUAAGACGAGAAUAACCAGCUUAAACCCAUUAAAGAGCUGGAAGAGGCUAAUUUAGAUAAAAAAUAAUCCCACCAAAUGUGUAUAUAUUGGGAAGAAUUUGGAUAAAAAACUAAAAUAGAAAUUGAUUGAUUUUUUAAAGAAAAACAGGAUCAAUUUGCAUGGAGCCACUCAGAUAUGAUAGGGAUAGACCCCAAUGUAAUUUUCCAUCAUUUAAACAUCAACCCCAUUUACCCAGCAAAAAGGCGAAAAUGGCAGCCUUUAGGCUCCGAGAGAUAAGGAGCACUUAAAGAGGAGGUCGAUAAAUUAUUGACCAAUGACUUUAUACGCGAGGCCUUUUAUCCUUCAUAGAUUUCAAAUCCAGUUCUCGUCCCAAAACCAAACGACACUUGGAGGACUUGUAUUGAUUUUUCAGACUUGAAUAAGGCAUGUCCUAAAGACUAUUUUUCACUACCCAGGAUCGACCAGUUAGUGGAUGCAACUACAUGACAUGAUCUAAUGACAUUUAUGGAUGCAUAUUCUUGAUAUAACCAGAUCAAAAUGCAUAUCCCUGAUCAGGAGCAUACAAGUUUUGUAACAAAUAUGUGACUUCAUUCUUAUAAAGUCAUGCCAUUUUGUUUUAAGAAUGCUGGAGCAACGUAUCAACGACUAGUAAAUGGCAUGUUUGAGAACCAGAUUGGACGAAAUAUGGAAGUCUACGUUGAUGAUAUGCUAGUAAAAAGUCAAUAAAAAGUGAAGAUCACACAAAAGAUCUCACAUAAUGCUUUGAAGUACUUGGAAAGUAUAAUAUGAAGCUUAAUCCAAAGAAAUGUUCUUUUGGAGUUUCCUCGAGAAAAUUUCUUAGUUUCAUAGUAAACGCGAGAGGAAUUGAAACUAACCCAGAAAAAAUCAAGACCCUAAUCGAGAUGUCCUCACCAACGAAGCCAAAAGAAGUAAAAGUUUUGACAGGAAGAAUGUCAGCAUUAAACAGAUUCAUUUCAAAGUCAACAGAUAAAUGCCUUCCAUUCUUUAAUGUUUUACGAGGCUAUAAGAAGUUUGAAUGGACAGAAAAAUAGGAGGAAUCUAUUAAACAACAAAAAGAUAACUAUAAAGCAAUGAAAAAUAACAAAAUAAUGACCUAAUUGUAAUAAGAAUAAGAAUAUCAACUUUUCAAUAUGUUUUUGUAUUACAGAUUUUUUUUUACUUAGUUUUGAUAACUUAAUUUAUCUUUUUGUACUACUACAUUAUUUUUUUCAAGAAAUUUAUUGUUAUAACUUCGUACUUUCAACUUUUUUUUCUCUUUUUCUUUUGGAGUUAGUGGCAGUUAAAAUGAUAAUUUAUUUUUUAAAAGUUAAAUAAAUAAUUACAUUAAUAAUAAAAAAAUAAAAUCUUAUGAUUUUAAAAUGGGGGUAUAUAAUAUAAUGAGUAAUAUAUAAUUUAUAUUUCAAUAUCUACUACUGCACAUUGUGUCAAUUAAAAAAAAAAAAAUCUUAUCAUUGUAUUGUAAUAAAAUGUGUCAAAAAAAAAUUAAAUGUAUGUUUCUAAGCUACAAAGCAAUACACAUAUAACAAAAAAAAAAUUGUCAGGAAGAAACUAAAAAUAUACACCAUAAAAAAAAUAAACAUGAAUAAAAAAACAACUAAAACAUAACUAUUGAACAAAAAAUAUUCUGAAAACUACUUAAAAAAUACUAAAAAAAUAACAUAAAAUAAUAAAAUAAAUACACACAUAUACAAUAAAAAACUGUGUAGAGUAAACUAGAAAUAUACACCAUAAAAAAUACACAUAAAAAUUGUACAAAAAAAAUAAACAAAAAACAAAAAAAAUAACUAUAAAAUACAUAAACAACAACAUAAAGAUAACUAUAAAAUAACAAAAAGAUAACUAUAAAUCAAUAGAAAAAUAAUAAGACAUCAACCUAGUUAAAGAUAUGCAAAUCAUUCAUAAAUUAACUCUGAAUAAACUACAAAAUAUCCAAAAAAAAAAAUACUACUUUUAUUAAUCGUGUAAAAGAGAGAAAGAUAUAGGAAAAGUGCUCUUAAUUUUUUUCUAAGAUAGAGAAAAAAUGUUAAAAGAAAUUAAUUAAGAUUUAUUUUUAUAAAAUGUGAUUAAUUAAAGAAAAAUAAUAUGAAAUAGUUCGAGUGUGAAUAGUUGAAAAAAUAUUAAAGAGGGAAAAAAUAUAAUAAGUGUUUAUAUUUUUUUAAAAAAAUAAUAAAAUAAAAUUUUAUGAGAGUGAAAAAGUGUUAGAAAAAAUAUAAAAAUAUAUAUAUUUCUAUAUAUAUGAAAAUUUAGUGUGAAAAAAAGAUAGAAAGAGAGAGAGAAUUGGAAAAAAAAAUAAAUAAUAAGAGAAGAGAAAGAAAAAAAAAAUUGGCUUACAUAAGAAAAAGAAAGAAAAAAAAAAGAGAAGUCAA